AUGAUAGUGAAAGCAGCUAAUUUAAUUGCCAUUCAACAUGAUAGAAUCCAUGAUAAACUUUCAUCUACUGAUAUCUGUACGAUGUUCAAUCAAUUUCUUGUCGAAUUUGAACGAAUGGAAAAAGGUGAUAAUGCAACAACAAAAUUAUUUUUAGAUGCCGUAGAAGAUAUUGUCGAUGCUGUUCUAUCAAUAUUACCCUAUAAAUUACUUGAUCCAAAAGUUCUUAAUCAUCCACUUAUGCAUUUUAUACAACAAUUAUUUAUGACUAUAUUAGAUAAUUGGUGUGUAUCACAUUUAAGAAUAAAUAUACAAGAAACAGAUAUACUUCUUAAGAUUGUACUUAUUUUUGUACAUAUUGCUGAACAAGCAUUUAUACCUAAUAUUAAUGAAAAUGAAAAAACAAAAAAUGAAUUAUUAGCUACAAAACAAUUAUUAUUUAAAGUACGAGAACAAGUUGAUUCUAUUAUUUUGAAUAAAGAGAAUUCGGAUGAUGAUCCAAAUAUAUGGGCAGUAGGUUUACUCACUAUUAAAUUAUUACAAGGAUCGCCAUUUUAUUAUACAUUGGGAAGAAAUCAUCGUUUAAUUAAUGAUUUAAUAAUGAAUAGUCUUGAUUCAUAUGAUUAUAGACAAAUCAUGCUACAAUUACAGCAUGGUCAACCACUUAAUGAUAUUGACUCUUAUCUUUUUGCUACUUGUUGGCAAUAUCUCUCUUCUACAUCUUUAACUAAACAAAAUUCCUCAGCACAACCAAAUCCGAUCGAUCUUAUUCAUUAUCUUUCCGAUGAACUUUUAAUACGAUUAGAACAUGCUAUUGAUGAACUAUUGUCCAUUGCACCUCCAUCUCUUGCAUAUGUUUUCGAGCGGUGUCAUCAACUUAUCAAUAUUCAUAAUCUUCAGUCGUUUGAUAAACAUGCACAAUAUAUGAUCGAUCGUCUAAUUAAUAUUCUACAAGAACAACUAUCAACUAAUCCGCAAGAUCAAGAAUUAAUCAAUGUUACAUUAGAAGCAUUUCAUAAUCUAUCCAAAAAUACUGAUAUUCGUACAAUUAUGAAAAAUCGUCAAUUAACUUCAAUCUUUUACAAUUAUAUAUCCACUGAAAAUGCUGAACAACAGAAGUUAGGACUUAGUAUUCUUGCAGAAAUUAUGGAUGAAAAAGAAAUAAAUGAAAAACCAAAUGAAAUUACUAGUGUAUUUAUUGAUCAUCUCAAACAACUUAAUCUAAAUGAGUACGAUCCAAAUAUGGAUAGUACUCUUGCAAGUCUUAAAGUAUUAAUGCAACAUGAACAAAUCAAAAAUAGAUUUGUUCAACAAAAUGGUCUAAAUAUAUUAGUUUCUUUCAUCCGUGAUGGUGAUUCAAGCAAACAAUCUGAUAAACAACAAGAAAAAGCUCUCAAAAUUCUUUGGUUAAAUACCUUCAAUAAUCUUCAUGUUAUAAAUAUGCUUCAACAAGAUUUGAAACUAAUGACACGAGUAAAUGAUAUCUAUCAUCAUGCAACAGAAUAUGGAAAUAUGACAUUAGAAAAAGCAGCUGAAGGAUUGAUUUGGAAAGUUGAAGAAGAAGAGAAAUUUAAAAAACAACAAGAUGCUGAAGCUGAACGAAAAAGAGAAGAGAAAAAACAGAAAGCGAAAGAAAGUGGUGUAGAAGAAGAAGAAGAGGAAGAACAAUAUGAUCUAAUGAUAUCAUAUUCAUGGGCUGAUAUGGACUUAGCUCAUCGUAUUUUUCAUCAUUUAACUGACAAACUAGGCUAUACAAUAUGGCUUGGUCAAGAACAAAUGCAUGGAUCAACGAUUCAAGCAAUGGCAAAUGCAGUCGAUAAUGCUCAGUUUAUUCUUAUGUGUAUGUCAGACACAUAUAAACGAAGUGCAAAUUGUCAAUCAGAAGCUGAAUAUGCAUUUAAUCGUAAAAAACAUAUCGUACCAUGUAAAAUGAAAAAAGAUUAUAACCCUGAUGGAUGGUUAGGUUUUAUAUUGGGUACACGAUUGUAUAUUGAUUUUGGAUCAUUUGAAUUUGAAAAGGCAAUUGAACUACUUGAUAAUGAAAUUCAAUUACAAAAGAAAAAGCGUAAAGAAGCAAGAGAAAUGGCGAGAUUAGAAAAAAAGCUGGAAGUCGAAAUAGAUAAUACAAAAGAAGAUGAUAUCAAAGAAGAUGAUAUUAAAGAAAAUGAUAUUAAAGAAGAUGAUGCUACUACUACAGAAAAUGAUGUCAAAGAAGAAUCCCAAAGUGAUGAUAAUAAAAGUGAAGAAACGAUAGAUAUGGAUAAUGUUUCAAGUUGGAGUGAAUCUGUUGUACGAAGAUUUCUUAAGGAAAAAGAUCUAACGGAUUUUUUACCACUAUGUGCUGGGAUCAAUGGUCAAGAACUAAGUGAAUUGUAUGUAAUGUGUAAGAUGAAUUCUGUAUCAAUGUAUCGUUGCUUAAAAUCUGAACUUCUUAAAAUUCACGAUAAAGUUUUAUUAAUUUCUACGUUUCUUCAUUUUAUCGAACGUUUACGUGCUGUUUGUGAUCGUGGUUUACCUUUAGAUGCAUGCAUUUGUAAUAAUAAUUUAGAAGAAUGUUUAGAUGAUGCUGAUUAA